UCUCUUUUGUAUCGCCGCCUCUUACUGCAAAAUCUUUCAAAAUUCACAAAUUUUGUUCAUCCCAAAAACAUGAAGACCAUUCUACAUUUAGCUCUUAACCCAAAUUCAAAGAUUCACACGACUUUUGGGUUCUCUUUCGUUGACUUGUCCGUGAAAAAUCCCAAACGGGUAAAUAAAUGCACAUAACGUGUUCGACAAAAUUCCCCAAUGCUCAAAAUUGGGUUUUUUCUUUUGUUUUUUCCCAAGCCUUGUCACGUGCCCCUCACGUGAUAGGCUGUUAUAUUCGUUGAUGUCCCCUCCUGCUUCGACUCUGUUUCUUCUCGCAACACACACAUAGCAGAGAGAGAGAGAGACCAAGAAAACGCAAGAACCUUGAGGGAUCGUUCGUAGCAAUGGAGCCUACUACUACUUUUCUGAGAGGUGCUGAGAGCGCAGCACUCCACGCAAAGGCUAAAGAUCUCUUCGCUCGUGGAGAUCACAUCAAGGCUUUGGAGAUAAUCCAAGAUAUGAUUCAGGUCCACAAGGAUGACAAGAACAUAUGGUUUCUUCAUUCGGAAGAAGGUUACAUGAUGAUGAAACUAUGGUCAAAAGCAGAGAACCUUGACGUGGAUUUCACAUACUUGUUGGCUUCCGUUGCAAGUUUUACACAACAUGACAAGUUAUUAACAGCUUGCGCACAUGGAUUCUACAAUUUGGCACGACAUACAGGGUCAGUGAUGUAUUACAAGAAAUGUGUUAAGAUAGGAAAACGAGGUUUAUCUGUUACUAACGCAAAUGAAGACUCGGCUUCUUCUGUUGCUCAAUUGAGUUUGCAACAGAAGUUACAUCAGGAGAAAACGAAGAAAGAACUGGAGAAUAUUAUCAAAGAUUCUGAGUUUAGGAUCUCUGUUUCCAAUACUGGAGGACUGAAGGGUUUAUCCGAAGAAGAAUGUGAGUCAGAAGAUUUGGAGUCAAAGAAUAGUUCAGAGCCGGUUAAGAACAACAAGUAUAAGGGGUUGAGCUCGUUUUGGUUAGGUUUGGAUGUUAAGGUCAAAAGGGAUUUUAUGAAAGUAAGCAUAGAAAAGCUUACAAGUUUUGUGGAGGGAGUACAUGGGCAAAAAGGACGAGAUGCUUUAGAGAAAAUUCUCGGUUCUGCCAGGGAAGACAGAAAAUGGAUAUUCUGGAUGUGCCGAACUAAAUGUUCGAACAAGUUUUAUAGUGCUGAAGAAUGUAAGAAACAUCUUGAACUAGAACAUGCUGCAGAUUUUAAACCUUCAAAGGAAAUGGAUAUGGUUAAGAGGAUAGGCAAAGACUGGGUUCGUAAGAUAUCGGUUGGAGGUUGGGAACCAGUGGACACAGUAGCUGCAGUUGAAAUGAUCAAAAAUCGGCUCGCAGAUGUGAAAGGGUUUUCAUAUAAGAAUGGAUGGUCCAAAGAAUGGCCUUUAGCUGUGGAUGAAGAGCGGAGUAAGUUACUCAAGGAAAUCAAAUUUUUUCUCGUGAUGUUUUGUGACCUUAAAAUUCUCCCUUGUAGUGUUCGAGACAGUGUGAUGCAAUAUCCUUUGAAGUAUCUUGGAAAACUUCAAGUGUCCAAACAGAGUCUUGUCGAUUCUCACCUAGUGGAAACACCUCAGAGUAUAUGUUUUCUGGACUGUCAUGAACUCAGUCAAAUCCUAAACUUUCUAAAACGCAUCAAAUGUGAAAGGGAAGAUGGUAUAGAUCUGGUUUCCAGAGCAGUGGACAGUACCUUGGGUUGUACUCGAGUUACAGAAAAGAUCGACUUUGACCCUCAGUUUUCAUUUCUGCUUCUGGAUAGAAGACUUCUGCAAAGCAAUAAUGCUCCAUUCGAUGAUGAAGGGACAAUCAAUGUUUUUGAGCCCAAUGUUCACUACGCCAAGGCACAUGCUCAGGGAGAUGAUAUCAUAUCCUGGUUAACUGACUACAAUAUAGAAGAUUGGACUUUUCCCAGACCUAUCUGGGAACAUAAUCUUGAUAUCUGGGUGGCUGUUCUGAGAGCUGUUCAGUUCACAUGUAGGACACUGGGAACCAAAUAUGCAAAGAAAAUGAAGGUCUUCCAUUAUUAUGUAGCUCUUACUGUCAUCGAAGACUUGUGUAUGGGUGAGGAUGAAAGGAGAAGGAAUAUUCAGGAAGAUCAGUGGAACAGCUAUGCAUCUCUUCUAUGCGAUAGAUGCGAAGAGAGAGCACCUGGAAAUUCCCUCACUGCAAAAUUAUUUGUGUGUGCAGUACGAGAUGUUCUCGAAGGCGCGUUGGAUCUGACAUUUGAUUUCCCCGAUUUUGAAGAAUGCUUGAAUCUUAUACGUGAGCAUAAAAGUCUCAGCGAUGAUGUAGUGUUGAAGUCCAUAGACUCUCUGAAAGCAGUGGCCAAUACCAAGGUUAUGCUUAUGGAUUCGAAGAUAUUGCUGGUUGAUAAUUCAAGGAUUAGUUUGCUGGACAACCUCACCAGGCUUUCAGUUUUUGACAACCGCACUUAUAUCCUUGAACUGCUGAGAAUUUUCUUGCUGUAUGAAAUUAGGAAUAUGGAAUCCAAAGCCAAGUUAGAUGCAGCAGAUGCCGCAGAGGCAGAUCUUUUACUCGAGGAAGAUAAGAAGUCACAGUCAAAGAAGAAGACAACUAAAAGCAAAAAGAAUGAAAUUAUGAAUAUGGAAUCCAAAGCCAAGUUAGAUGCAGCAGAUGCAGAUCUUUUACUCAAGGAGGAGAAGAAGUCACAGUCAAAGAAGAAGAAAACUAAAAACAAAAAGAGAACUUCAACGAACAUAUCGAGUUUUCUUCAUAAGACUGGAGAACAUAAGCCUUCUGUCAACCUUGAACCGGAAAGCACGUCGGUGGUAGAAGAUUCUGUGGAACCAGAUGAUACCCUUGCAAGUGAAAGGCGUCAAUCGGAAAUUUCAUCCCACACUAUUAAUCAAGAGGAUGUUAUGCAAAAUAUACUUGGAGAAGAUUCACAGUCGGAACAUAUAGAGUCAGCUCUUGGAGAAGCUGGAAGCAGAUACUAUUCAGCUCUUGACAUGACACUGAAGGCACUCUUGAACAUUAAAAUGCUCAAAGAAGAUUUGAUGCACAAUAAGCAACCAUUUCAAGACCACCUGGAAGAACACGCUCAUCCUGCACUACAAAAUUUCUUUACUGCUUUUGUGUCAGGCGAGAUAAAUAAUGAGGGAGUCUACAGUUGCCUCUUGAGUGACUUACUUGCUUCCCUAGAAGAAGUUAUUUCCAUGUCGAGUGAUGCUGCUGAGGUUCUUGUAGACAUCCUAGAGUUUUGGCAUUGCUGGAAGAAUGCUGAAAGAGAAAGCUUAGUAACUCGCCUUUUUACGUUGGAAGAAAAUGAAAUAAUGAGUUGUAGAAAAUGCAGAAAGAAACCAAAUUAUCCAGAGCAAAGUUCUUAUGGCAUUGUUAUGGCUGCAGAUUCGAUCAGAGACUUGAAGUGUGCUCUUGGGAAUAUAGAUUUUGUGGAUAUCUGUAAGGUGAUCCGCAUGGAAUAUAAACUGUUAUGUGACAUUAAAACAGGAGGUUGUGGAAUAACAAACUUUGUACAUCACAUUAUAAGUAAAUCCCCACCUAUCUUCACAAUCGUUUUAGAAUGGAAGAAGAGUGAAACUGAAAAAGAAAUAUCUGAAACAACAAAGGCUUUGGACUGGGAGAUAGAUAUCAGCAGGAUGUACGAAGGAUUAGAACCAAACACUAACUACCGGCUUGUAUCAUUGGUUGGUUGUGGUGAAGAAGAAAAAGAAUACAAUUGCUUAGCUUAUGUAAAGAACCGGUGGGUCAAUUUCAGACAUGGUGCUUUAAAUGGAGAGAAUGUAGGUAACUGGAAGAGUGUGGUCAGAUUCUGUGGAGAGAGAAAGGUUCGACCAGAGAUUUUGUUUUAUGAAGCUGCCGCCAGAUCGAUGGUCUAUUAACAAGUGACGGAAUUGUAUCAAUAUGGAGAAACCCAACAUGAUGUUAUAAAACAGACAUGUUCCAAUUCAAAUGAAGUUUUG